UCCUCCCCCUUCAAUUUUAUUUCGUUUCUUCUCUCUUUCAGCCGCAAUCUCAAGAAUCAACCGCUUCCGUCCGAUCCGCGAAAGGAUUUCAUCAGCAAAUAUGGAUCAUCAGCAAGGGCACAACCCUCCUCCUGUUAUGGGGGUUGCAGCCCAACUCCCUUACCAGCUGCCAACAGCUGCGUCCACCGCCACGCCUACAAGCCCUACCACACCUCUGCCAACAACAGCAGCAGCAGCAGCAGCAGCAGCUCCAAGCUAUUCUGGGCCGACCAGUACCGCGAAAUCGAGCAAACCACCGACUUCAAGAACCACAGCCUCCCCCUCGCCCGCAUCAAGAAAAUCAUGAAAGCGGACGAAGACGUCAGGAUGAUCGCCGCUGAGGCCCCCGUGGUCUUUGCACGUGCAUGCGAGAUGUUCAUCUUGGAGCUUACUCACCGGUCGUGGGCCCAUGCUGAGGAGAAUAAACGGAGGACUUUACAGAAGAAUGACAUUGCUGCUGCGAUCACGAGGACCGAUGUGUUUGAUUUUCUUGUGGAUAUCGUUCCGAGGGAGGAAGGGAAGGAGGAUAUGCUCGGGGCUGCUGCUGGAGUGCCGAGGGCUCUUGUGGGGAAUGAUCCUUUGUCCUACUACUAUGUUCAGCAGUAGGAGAUCGCAGAUGCGAGUGUUUCUUUAAUUAUGAAUUUGGCUUGGGCUUGAUUUUUAAUUGUAUGGGAGUAGUAGCUUGUCAUAGAUUUGCUUGGUGAUUUGGGGUAUUUUAUGAUGUUUUUAUCACCCAUUUGAGCAUGUGCUUGUUCUGAAUGGGAAGAAUAUGUUUUCAUGUUGUGUACUAUUGACAAACAAACCGAUGAUGGUUAAUUAUGAGUUUGAUAGUAUCUCA